GACUAUAGUAAAUACUCUCUACAGCCGAAUAAAGAACGUGCAUUAAGCUGCCUAAACGAGCUAAUUACCCCUACCCCCUACUUCUGCCGAAUGCUAAAGACUAGUCGUCAUUGUCGUCGUCGUUGUAGUAGCCAUGCCUAGCAAUGAAGACGCAAAGAAGUGAAGAGGUGAAGAAAUAAAGUAAGGCAAAAGCAAAAAAGAAAAAGAAAAAAGCCCUCUAGAGCAAGCGCGCAAACGCAAACGCAAACAUAGGAUUUUCAGCCGCAAGCCAGCACGCAGUACGCGCAUCCCGAAAAAACAAAAAAAUAAAAACGCCGCGUCUACAUGUAUGCCCCUCAUCCUCCGCGCAUUACCUCGCCCCGUCCUCAACCCUCAGCCCCAACCCCCAACCCCCGCACUCUGCUACCAGCACAGCACAGCGCGCUGCGCACCCACCGCCUAACUCCUUCUAGCCCCUCACGCUCCUCCUUGCCUCACUGCCACUACCGCCCUUGCCCGGCUUCCCUGAGGGCCCGCGCCAGCACCGCGCAUCCGGCUUGUUGGGGUCGACGAGCGCCCUACCGCGACACCAUGGAGUCAGCGUCAUCCAGUGCAGUGUAAUGCAACGUAAAUCAGCACAGCACAGCCCUCCUUUCCCUGGCCAACAACAACAACCACCCCUCCACCAUCCCCUCCCCCCUCCCACAAACACAACACAACACAGCACACACACACAACUCACCC